GUGUGUCUUACAUACCUUCUUGCACGAGUGGGUCAAGAAACUUCAAGAUGACAGCUGAGACCACGUCCACUCCAACAGCACAGGCCUCUCACCGCUCCACCUUUGCCACUGGUCUACUCCACCACCAGUUUGCCAUGGAUAACGAUACUGCUGCAAUCGUGGUUGACAGCGGCUCCGGCAUGUGCAAGGCCGGCUUCGCGGGCAGCGAUGCCCCCCAGGCCGUCUUCCCCUCCGUCGUGGGACGCCCCCGGUACCAGGGCGUCAUGGUAGGCAUGGACCAGAAGGACUCCUACGUAGGUAAUGAGGCCCAAAGCAAGAGAGGCAUCCUGACCCUCAAGUACCCCAUUGAACACGGCAUUGUCACCAACUGGGAUGACAUGGAGAAGAUCUGGCACCACACCUUCUAUAAUGAGCUGCGCGUGGACCCAGAGGAGCACCCCUUGCUGCUGACUGAGGCCGCACUGAACCCCAAGGCCAACCGUGAGAAGAUGAUUCAGAUUAUGUUCGAGACCUUCAACACCCCAGCCUUGUACGUGGCCAUCCAGGCUGUGCUGUCCUUGUACACCUCUGGCCGCACCACUGGCAUUGUGAUGGACUCUGGUGAUGGGGUCACUCACACUGUGCCCACCUACGAGGGGCAUGCCCUCCCCCACGCCACCCUGCGUCUGGACCUGGCUGGCCGGGACCUGACAGACUACCUUAUGAAGAUCCUCAUGGAACGUGGCUACAGGUUCACCACCACGGCCGAGCGGGAAAUCGUGCGUGACAUCAAAGAGAAGCUCUGCUACGUCGCCCUGGACUUGGAGCAGGAGAUGGCCACUGCCGCCUCCAGCUCCUCCCUGGAGAAGAGCUAUGAGCUGCCCGAUGGUCAGGUCAUCACCAUUGGCAGCGAGCGCUUCCGCUGCCCUGAGGCUCUCUUCCAGCCUGCCUUCCUGGGCCUGGAAGCCUGUGGCAUCCACGAGACUACCUUCAACUCCAUCAUGAAGUGUGACAUGGACAUCCACAAGAACCUCUAUGCCAACACGGUGCUGUCUGGCGGGACCACCAUGUACCCCGGCAUCACCGGCAGGAUGCAGAAGGAGCUCACUGCCCUGGCCCCCAGCACGGUGAAGGUCAAGAUCAUUGCGCCCUCUGAGCGCAAGUACUCCGUGUGGAUGGGUGGCUCCAUCCUGGCCUCACUGCCCACCUUCCAGCAGAUGUGGAUCAGCAACCAAGAGUAUGAUGAGUUUGGUCCCUCCAUCGUCCACCGCAAGUGCUUCUAGGCGGACUGAGUUACCUUCCACCCUUUUCAUGACAAAACCUAACUUGCACAGAAAAGGUGACGAGAUUGGCAUAGUUUUAUUUUUUUUUCUUUUGAAUAUUUUUUUUUUUUGGUACUGACUCAGGACUUAAAAACUGGAACAGUGAAGGUGACAGCAGGCAGUUGGAUCAACCAUCCCCAAAGUUCUACCUUGUGGCUGAGGACUUCGUACAUUUUUUAAAAUAGUCAUUUCGAAUGUAAGAUGCAUUGUUAUAGGAAGUCCCUUGCCUUCCUGAAAGCUGCCCCACUUCUCUAAGGAGAAGGGCCAGUCCUUGCCUAAAUCCACACAGGGGAGGGUGAUGGCAUUGCUUUUGUGUAAGUGAUGGUCUCCAAAAAAAAAAA